CAAAUUUUCUGGUAGCAGACCGAAAAAGCCAUGCAAAAUCUGAUCCUAUAGCUCUUAUUGCAAUGGUGAAUGUAGAACACGAUUUUCAUAUGGCCGAAGGGGAAGGAGACUGGAGCUACUCAAAGAAUUCUAGGCGUCAAGAAAUUGUUAUACGUGAGACUAAGCCCAUCAUUCGGAGUGCAAUAAUAGAAGUAUACACGGCUCUACUACCCAAAACCAUGGUCAUUGUCGACCUAGGAUGCUCUUCAGGACCAAACACAUUGCUCUUUAUCUCCGAUGUGAUUCGCGUCAUAGCCGACCAGUGUAAGACUAGUGAAGGUGAUCCUGUGGAACUUCAGUUCUUCCUGAAUGACCUUCCAGGCAAUGACUUCAACGAACUCUUCCGGGCACUCGAAAAGUUUAAAAAGUCAAAUAUAGCAGAUCAACCUGGACAUGCACCACCUUUCUACUACGUUUCUGGGUUGCCAGAAUCCUAUUACAACAGGCUUUUUCCUCGUCAAAGUGUACAUCUCUUCCACUCCUCAUACUGCCUUCACUGGCGCUCCCAGGUACCUAAGGGAAUAGAUGCAUCGAGAGAAACUUAUUUAAAUGAAGAUAACAUUUACAUCACUAAUACCACAACACCUGACGAGGUGAAACAAUUCCAAGAGCAGUUCCACAAGGACUUCUCCCUCUUCCUAAAGCUGCGCCAUGAAGAACUUGUGUAUGGAGGGAAAAUGGUUCUUGUAUUUCUUGGGAGGAAGGAUGAGGAUGUAUACAAUGGAGACCUUAAUCAACUUUUUGGAUUGGUUGCAAGAUCACUUCAAUCUCUUGUUCUUAAGGGCCUUGUGGAAAAGGCAAAGCUAGAAUCCUUCCAUCUACCUGUCUAUGGGCCAUCAGUUGCUGAAGUGAAGGAAGUAGUCAUGCAAAGCAAGAUUUUCAACAUGGACCAGAUCACCCUAUUUGAGGCAAACUGGGAUCCUUUUGAUGAUUCAGAAGGUUGUGAUGUUCACGACAGUACCCGCAGUAGCUUGAAUGUUGCCAAGUGCAUUAGAUCAGUGCUAAAGUCCUUGAUUGUAAGCUAUUUUGGAGAAGCCAUACUUGAUGCAUUGUUCGUGGAGUUCAGAUGCCUUGUUGCUAAGCACCUUGAAGAGGAGAAGACCAAGUUUGCAGUCAUCGCCACAUCCUUAAAGAAAAUAUAAUAGCGAUACAAUGCAACAGAUAUCAGCGACUCGAUCCACCAUCAGAAAAGAAUGGCCUCUCGCCGGCGGCGUGGCUCCUGGCCGGCACUCCUCACUACGGUGGGCUCCGUCGUGCUUCCACGGCCCCCAUGCCAACCGCUAACUUAUCCACCACAUCGUCGAUGCCAUCGAGGACGGGGAGGAAGCGAGCGCCCUCCGUGCAACGGUCCUUCCCGCCGCAGAUGCCGUGGUCGAGACGCCGCCGACACCGGGGUGGCGGAUGCCAGCGCGAACCACCACCUCCACCCAAGCUGCGACGGCGAGAGGGACCACCUGGGCGAGUACGAGGGACGGCGACAACGAGGAGGAAGAGGGGGACAGCAGUAUGGACAACGACGAGGAUGACACAUCGGUGGUCAGCGAGGGUGUCUGCAACAGCGGCGACGGCUGCGGCGGCAGCGCUGAGAAGAGCACGGUGGGGAGGCUGGUGCGCUUCAUCGGUUACAAGAUUAGGGAAGGAAGGAGACCACCAAGAAGGAAGGUCUCGUCGAGCUCAGUACCAGUAGUAGCUGUUUUGGUCAAGAGCGCCUCUGCUCUACGCUCUUUUCAUCUCCUUUCUUUUGUUCAAUAUCUUCACUCUGGUGAGCAUUUGAGGAUUAGAGUGGAGCAAAAGCAGUAGCAUCUCAUCCAAUUUCAGCUGCCCACUUCCAUCCU